AUGUCUACUGAACAAUUCGUCCUCCCUGAUCUCCUCGAGUCGUGCCCUUUGAAGGACGCAACAAACCCUUACUACAAAGAGGCGGCGGCAGAGUCAAGGGCCUGGAUCAACGGCUACGACAUCUUCACAGAUAGAAAGCGAGCCGAGUUUAUUCAAGGUCAAAAUGAACUGCUUUGCUCACACGUCUACUGGUACGCUGGACGCGAGCAAUUGCGAACGACCUGCGACUUCGUCAACCUGUUGUUUGUGGUAGAUGAAGUUAGCGACGAGCAAAAUGGAAAGGGUGCCCGGGAAACCGGACAAGUGUUUUUCAAAGCCAUGAAAUAUCCUGACUGGGACGACGGCUCUAUCCUUGCUAAGGUCACGAAAGAAUUCAUGGCUCGCUUCACCCGCCUAGCCGGUCCCAGAAACACAAAACGCUUUAUUGAUCUUUGCGAGUCAUACACGGCCUGUGUGGGAGAGGAGGCCGAGCUUCGAGAACGUUCUGAGCUCCUAGACCUUGCUUCAUACAUCCCCCUUCGUCGACAAAACAGCGCCGUUCUCCUCUGCUUCGCUCUUGUGGAAUAUAUCCUGGGCAUCGACUUGGCCGAUGAGGUCUACGAAGACGAGAUGUUCAUGAAGGCAUACUGGGCCGCCUGUGAUCAAGUCUGCUGGGCCAAUGAUAUCUACUCCUACGAUAUGGAGCAAUCCAAAGGCCUAGCCGGCAAUAACAUCGUCAGCAUAUUGAUGAACGAAAACGGAACGAACCUGCAAGAGACCGCGGAUUACAUUGGCGAGCGCUGCGGCGAAUUUGUCUCUGACUACAUUUCUGCAAAAAGCCAGAUUUCACCGUCUCUGGGUCCAGAGGCCUUGCAGUUCAUCGACUUUGUUGGCUAUUGGAUGAUUGGUAACAUUGAAUGGUGCUUCGAGACUCCCAGAUAUUUUGGAUCAAGGCAUCUUGAGAUCAAAGAGACCAGAGUGGUUCAUCUCAGGCCAAAAGAGGUCCCAGAAGGUCUUUCGUCCGAGGACUGCAUUGAGUCCGACGAUGAGUGA